UUCUGGAGAGGUCUGCAAGAUGACCUCCCUGCUCGAGAGGAGCUCAACAAAAUCCUUGUGUUCCAGAGUGAUGAACUUCGCUGGACUGCAGAGAAACGGGACGACACAGCUGCUUCGAGGUGAGAAGGGGAGAUGCUGAGGACCUUGCGCUUGGAGAACCUUUGCCCCACCGUGCAUCUGGACCGCUGGCCAGAGCUCCCGGAGAGGGACGAGCACCGUCUGGAGGAGCCCGAGGUGCGCUGCAUGCGCCUCUACCAGGCUGUGGCCCUGGGGGACCUGCUAGGGCUGGGCAGGCUGCUGUGUAAGAGCUAUGUGGACGUUGACGUGUUUUACAGUAUCAGUGAGGAGCUGAAGUGGCAGCCCAUGCCAGAGACCCCCUUUGGUCCAUCAGGACUGUGGUCUCUUGAGUACAAGCGAGAGCUGACCAGUCCUCUGUGCAUCGCAGCGGCACAAGGCUACAGCCAAUGUCUGCAGUACCUGCUGGAGCACGGCGCUCGGCCCAACCUGCUGGCCGGGGGCCGGACGGCGCUGCACGAGGCGUGCGUCAACAGCUCUACCGAGUGUGCUGAGCUGCUGCUGGAGCACGGGGCCAACCCAAACCAGCUCACGGAGGAGGGCCUGGCACCAUUACACCUGUGCAAACAUGCACAGUCACUCCGCUGUGCCAAACUGCUGGUACGCUAUGGUGCCAAGGUCAACACCCUCAGCGACGACGGGGAGGGCGAGAGUCCCCUGCACGUGGCGGCCAGGCAUGGCCUGCACCAGCACGUCCAGCUCUACCUGCGCUACGGUGCCAAGGUGAACCAGCAGAGCUCCUCGGAGGAGACAGCCCUCUGCGCGGCCUGUGGGGAGGCUUGCUUCGACAGCGGUGACGAGCAGGAGGAGAGCUUGCUCCAGGUGUGCCGGUUCCUGCUGGACUACGGCGCCGACGUCAACAAGGUGGACAAUGAGCGCAGGAGCCCCCUGCACAGGGCCGCACGGAACGCGCAGGACCGCCUCGUGGAGCUGCUCAUCGAGCGUGGAGCGGUGAUCAACGCGCUGGACUAUAACGGGUGCUCUCCCCUUUCCAACGCAUUGCAGACCGCUGUGGUGAAGCAUAGGUGCCGGUCGCACGCCGUGGUGCAGAUGCUGCUCAACCAUGGUUCUAUUAAGGUGUGGCCCGGGGCCUUGCUCAAGCUGCUAGCUUCUUGUGCAUCAGCACCUAAAACUGUGGAAAUCAUGUUCAACUCCUAUGAUAUGGUGCCUGUUACAUACAAAUGGACCGAGUCCUUUCCAGAGGAAGCAUGUCAGUCUGGAGAACACAGCACGCAGCCUCCAGCAUCAUUGUCGAUCAGUGCUGCGGAAGCAUUGUGGGAAAGACUGCCACUCCAUCAUUCCUCAGCUACCCAUCCCAAAGAUACUGAAGAACUAUCUGCUGCUGGAACCACAAGGUGUCAUAUAUUAGGCCGGGUAAGAAACUGGUGGGAGUUGUUGUACUGCAAAUAAGGUGUAUUUGUUUGUGUUGGAAAGGGCUCACUAGGUGAAUGCCAAGAGCAGUUUUUUUUCUGUUCAAGCAGGUGGCUGGCAGAGUGAAUCAAAUCUAAAAGCAGUGUCCGAAUUUCUUUUGGAAUUUUUUGUGGAAUUCAAAAGCCAAACAAAUACACUCCCUCUCUGCCUCCAUGGUUAGCCUCAUGGACCCACCCCUAAACAUGUUCUGUCACAUGCUCGAUCAUUGUUCCUAUACAUGUUGGGCCUUUGGUUGUGUCUUGGCACCAUUGGCACCCUUUUGCCACUGCUAUAGAUCCUUCAGUAGUGACAGGGAGACAGACUCUAUCCCCAGUGUUCUGCAUCAGUUGAUUUUGCUGACACUACCUGUGACUUGGAUGUUGGAUAUAUUUUUGUAUGUGAACUGCUGUAGUGCAUUAGUGUGAUAUUCUGUUAUAGUUAUAACAUGCCAUUGUAAAUACCUUUGAUAGAAACUUCUGCUAAAUGAAAAUAAAAAGGAUGAAUUCUCAUCCCAACAGAACUAGGUCAACUGUGGUUCAUUCCAUACCAUAUCUGAUGAUUUACAAUACAGUCAUUUCCUGUGUAUUAGCCACAUAAGCCACAGGACAGUGUUUUAUGCCAAUUAGAAGAAACAAAACCAUUAAUACCAUAUUAACUGCCCCCGUGUAAUAACCUCAUAGACGAAGAAAUUUUGCAAAAUCAAUGUAUACGCCGCGGCUAAUAGUUGAGAAAUUACGGUAAGUGUUGUUAUCUCAUUGACGCCAGGAAAAUGCGAUAUUGGUUUGUAAAAUGUAUGCCAUCCUUGUGUAAUCCAGACUAAAGGUUACAGAGGCACGGAUUCUUGAGGGGGUGGAGAAUGUAAUAUU